AUGAAGUUCCUGGCCCUGCUUUUCCUGCUGUCAGUGGGCGCAGCCAGCGCCGAGGUCUCUCCCAGGGCCAUGUGGCUGUUCCGCAAAAUGAUCAAGUGCACCCUGCCCAAGAGCCACCCACUGCUGGACUUCGCUGACUACGGCUGCUACUGCGGCUUGGGGGGCAGCGGCACUCCAGUGGAUGAGCUCGACAGGUGCUGCCAAGUACAUGAUAAGUGCUACUCACAGGCAAUGGAAAUGGAAUCCUGCAAAUUCCUCCUGGACAACCCCUACACUAAGCUGUACCGUUUUAGCUGCUCUGAUGAGGAGAUCACAUGCAGCAGCAAGAACAAGGAGUGCGCCAUGUUCAUCUGCAACUGCGACCGCGCCGCUGCCAAGUGCUUCGCCAAGGCGCCCUACAACCCCGAGCACAAGAAGCUGGACACGGACAAAUACUGCAAAUAAUUGAUUUCAUGUGCCUCAGGGCCGC